AAUAAAAACAUUAAUUGGUAGGUAAGAUAUAUAAAUCGAUGAAUAAAGUAAAAUUUUGUCAAUCAAAAUGCAUUCUUUAUUAGCAAUCUGGUCCGUCUUCAUUUGUUUUACAGCAACCAAUGCCUUUGCGAUAAAUGGCGCAUCACUUUGGCUAGAUUUUGAAAUAGGUGAAAAAUCGUAUUCUAUAAAUGGUGUACUAAGCAAUUUCGAACAAGCGGGCAAUUUGUGCAAGGGCAGAAAUCAACAAUUAGUAGCUAUAGAAAGCCUUGAUGAAAAUAACAAUAUAAUGAAAGAAUUGAAAAAAUUAGUUGAUGUAAGCACUGAAUUAUGGACAUCAGGAUCAAAACAGGCUAAUUCAAACAAAUGGAUAUGGUCAUCCACAAACGAAGAGAUUACUGAUUUCGACUGGGGUACCGGUGAACCAAACAAUAAAGAUGGGGUUGAGAAUUGUAUAGUCUUCUAUCCAAACACUGACUUGUAUUUUGAAGGUUCAUGGGCUGAUAUAAAUUGCAACCUAUCAGUAGCCCUUCCGUUCUGUCAAAAGGCCUCUAAAAAUUAAAUCCACAAAAUAUUUAUUGGCGUACUUAUUAUAAUAGAUUGAAAUAAAUGAACCAAAAAUACUUACUA